AUGGAUGUUUUUAGCAUUUUAAAGGACGGGACCUCAUUCGAUAGGAAAAGGUUUGGCAGUGAUAUUGCGCUGUUUAAGCAAUCUGAGCCAUAUAAAAAGAUAAAAACUGAAGUUUCGAGCCCUCAAACUGAAGAUGUCAGGAAGGAAUUCCAUAUUUCAGUAGACGGCUCUGAUAUUCCAGAACCAAUAAAGAGCUUUGAGGAAAUUUUUAAUAACUAUAAUUUUCCAGAAAACACACAAAAGGUAAUCGGGGAACUUUAUGAAAAUUUAACUCCAGUCCAAAUGCAAGCAAUUCCUUGUAUUCUUAAUAAAAGAGAUUUGAUUGCAAUUGCUCCGACUGGGACAGGCAAAACAUUAAGCUUUGCUUUGCCACUGAUUUCACUGCUGAGGAAGCCUAAAAGAUUAAGAGCGCUGAUUAUUGGGCCUACAAAAGAGCUGGCAAGACAGCUAUAUAAAGAAAUUUUGGUCUUAAGCGAAGGGACAAACUUACGAGUUCAUUUAUUAUCAAAGAAAUCCCCAGAGCCAAAGGAAUGGAGCAGCAAUUAUGAUAUCAUAGUGACAACCCCAUUACUACUGGUUCACAAGCUUGAUUCUGAUACUUUAAAAUCAGUCCAAUACAUCAUUCUUGACGAGUCUGACCAACUUUUCGAUAUGGGCUACCUUGACCAAAUUGACACAAUUUUAAAAAAAUGCACACGAAAAAAUCAAGUAAAAAUGAUGUUUUCAGCUACCAUGCUUCCUACAGUCGAAAUAGUCGCAAAAGCUAUGCUUAUUAACCCAGUCAAAAUUAUUGUAGGGAUGAAAAACACAACUGUAAGUACUUUGGAGCAGAAGCUAUACUAUAUAGACAGAUUCUAUGCAUGCUAAAAUUUAGCAAUUAAUAAUUAAAAAAGAGCAGUAAUUUAAAAAAAUUUAAUUGAAGACACUAUAAAUGGGAUAACAUUUUGCUCUAAUGAAUUAGGCAAGCUAAUAGCGCUAAGACAAAUGGUGCAAGAUGGAGAAAUGGUGCCACCUGUCUUAAUAUUUACACAAUCCAAAGAAAGAGCUAAAGAGCUGUUUAGAGAGCUGAAAAAUGAUAAUUUGAGGGUCGGGAUGAUCCAUGCAGGGAUGAAUGAUGCUCAAAGAGAUAUUGUUGUCAAAAACUUCAGAGUUGGGAAUAUUUGGAUUCUUAUAUGUACAGAUUUAAUUGCAAGAGGAAUUGAUUUUCGAGGAGUGAAUUUGGUAAUAAAUUACGAUUUUCCACAAAGCGUUGUGGGUUAUAUACACAGAGUUGGAAGAGCAGGAAGAGCUGGAAGAGAAGCAAAAGCAGUGACGUUCUAUACAUUUGAAGAUGCGCCUUAUAUAAGAAUGAUUGUUAAUCUUAUGAAAAGAUCUGGAGCUGAAAUUCCUGAAUGGAUGCUACAGCUUAGGGCACCAACAAGAAAGGAAAGAAGAGAGCUUGAGAAAAAGCCAGUUAGAAGAGAAACUAUAAUGAGAAAACCAAAGUUCACAAGAUCCCUUACUCCCCCCCCCCCUCCGUGAGCGAACAAAAAAAAUUUUGUUCGCUCACGGAGGGGGGUUAAUUUUUUUUUUUUAAAAAAAAUUUAUAUAUAAAUUUUAUAAAAAAAAUAUUUUUUCGAAAUUUAAAAAAAUCCUAAUUUGCAAAAAUUGGGAAGCAAAUAUUAAUUUAAUUUGCAAAAAUUUAUGUUUUAAAACGCAAUUUGUUUAAAAUUAACACAAAUAGCUCUAGAUUUCAUUAUACUAAUUAUCACUUAUAUAUCAAAAAUUUUUUUCCAUUAAAAUUUUUUCUAUUAAAAAAAAUUUUUGUUCACUCACGGAGGGUGGGUUUUUGGUCAAAAAAUGGCGAUUUUUCUAAUGGUUUUGUUCGCUCACGGAGGGGGGGGGGGGGGGGAGUUAGAAGAUUUAUGGCAAAAAAGAAAAAGAAUGAAGGGAAAAAUGAAAAUUCGACAGAAAUAAAUUAA